CGCGGGGAAAGCAUCAUGAAGGCCGAGUCGGAGCCUCCGCUGGAGGAGGGCCAUGCGCAUCCUCCACGGGCCCUUCCACCUGUGCCAAGUGCUAUUCAAGAUGAUAUUCCACUUAGCCAUCCUAAGAAAAAGAAAUCCAGAACGAAAAGCACACUAGCUUCUGCUUCUUCGGAAGGCCUCGCUGAGCCCGUUGUUGACAGGCACUCUGAGAGCAGUGAGCCGCCAGCUGCAGGGCUCAAGGAGUCCCCAGAGGCUCCUGUCCAGAGGAGGCAGAAGAAGACAAGGCCACCUCCUGAGUUGGAGACUUCCUUCGCUGGGAAGCCAUCCAGUCCAUCUUUACUACGAAAUGAAAAUGGCAUUGAUGUGGGGCCGCCUGCGGAGCCGGUGAUUCCAAAACCACGAAGGAAGGCAAAGAAAACCCAGCCAGCCGAACUACAGUAUGCUAAUGAGCUGGGAGUCGAAGAUGAAGACAUAAUUACGGACGAGCAACGCACUCUGGAUCAGCACUCGAGGUUCACAGCGCCCACUGGAAUUAGCCAGCCUGUCGGCAAAGUGUUUGUGGAGAAAAGCCGGAGAUUUCAGGCGGCAGAUCGUUCGGAGUUGAUAAAGACCACAGAAAACAUAGAUGUGUCGAUGGACGUGAAGCUGUCCUGGACCACCCGGGAUGUGGCCCUUUCGGUGCACCGGGCUUUCAGGAUGAUCGGUCUGUUUUCGCAUGGCUUCUUGGCUGGCUGUGCUGUGUGGAACAUUGUCGUGAUCUACGUUCUCGCCGGAGAUCAGCUGUCUGACCUCUCCAACCUUCUGCAGCAGUACAAGCCCUUGGCAUACCCCUUCCAGAGCCUUCUCUACCUGCUCUUGGCUCUGAGUACUGUUUCAGCAUUUGACAGGACGGACUUUGCUAAAACAUCAGUAGCCAUCCGGAACUUUCUGGCCCUGGAGCCAACAGCUUUAGCCUCCUUCCUGUACUUUGCUGCUCUAAUACUGUCUCUGAGUCAGCAAAUGACAAGUGACAGAAUCCACCUUUACACACCUUCUGUGAAUGGAAGCCUCUGGGCAGCGGAAGUCGAGGAACAGAUUCUUGGGCCAUGGAUCAUCGUGAAUUUGGUGGUGGCUCUUCUGGUUGGGUUGUCCUGGCUCUUUCUGUCUUAUAGGCCAGCCAUGGAUCUUAGUGAAGAGCUAAUGUUCUUCUCUGAUGUGGAAGAGUACCCUGAGAAAGGAGUCCAGCCGACUGCAUAGUGCCCACCCUCCACUGCAGUAAAGACCCGCACAGUGCCCACCUUCCACCACAGUAAAGACCCGCACAGUGCCCACCUUCCACCGCAGUAAAGACCCGCACAGUGCCCACCUUCCACCGCAGUAAAGACCCGCACAGUGCCCACCCUCCACUGUAGUAAAGACCCGCAUUUCCCCACUUUGUUUUUAAGCAUAUUUUUAUAAGAUAUUUAUAUAUGUAUUUAUAAUUGAGCUUUUGUUAUAUAAUGCUGAAAUGCGUCUGAAGAUUAUGAAAAAUGUUUCAAUUGUAUCUGGUCUUUAUACCCAACAUUAAUUUCUAUAGUAUUGUCACCUAAGUGAUACAGGAGAUAAUGGGCUAAAAAAGCAGGCAAAAGUGUUUGUUUCCUGUUCUCUCAAAUUUGAUAUAUGCAUAAUCAUAAUCAUAAUAAAAAGCACCAAUCUAAAAAAGCCAUAACCUCAGUGUUAUAGAAUAGAUAUCACGUUUAAAUGUAAAUUUAGAGAAUAGGGUAGAAGGGAAAUGCCUUCAUUUUGUAUUUUUGAUGUCUCCUUAUUGAACACACUACAGUAUAAAAUUUGUGUUUUCUGAAUCUGGUAAAUGUUUGUGUAUCAUGUAAGAAUUACAUUGUAAUUUAAAUUGAAAGAUGCUUUACUUCAUGGCUAAUAAAACAGACAUAUUUUUUUGAGA